GGAGUCUUAGGACAGCCGAGAGAGACGGGCAGUUUGAACUUUGCUAGCUGGUCUUUGUGAAAAGAAGAAAAAUUCCGUAAAACGACAGACUGUCGUGCAUAGAAUAAUAUGGAUUAAUGUUGCAUCAUAUCACUAGUCGCAAUAAAGCCAAGUUUGUUAGUUUCUCCUAAAAGAUUAUUGGCCUCAUAAACUAGGUUAAAAUGCCACUAGUAACAAGAAACAUCGAGCCUCGACACCUCUGCCGACAGACUCUGCCCAACAGUAUAAAAAGUGAGCUGGAAUGUGUUACCAACAUCACCCUUUCUAACAUCAUUCGGCAGCUUGGUAGUCUCAGUAAAUAUGCAGAGGAUAUUUUUGGAGAGCUCUUUUAUGAAGCAAGCAGCUUUGCAAUACGUGUUAAUGUUCUGGGAGAAAGGAUUGAUCGGUUACAGGUGAAAGUGACACAAUUGGACCCCAAAGAAGAGGAAGUUUCUCUGCAGGCUAUCACUACAAGGAAGGCAUUUAAAAGCUCUCUUUGCCAGGAUCAACAACUUUUUACUAGAUGUACCCUUCCACAACCUGUACAGGAGACAUACAACACCUGUAAUAAACCACCACCUCUUAAUAAUCUCAGUGUAUACAGGGAGGAUGGGAAGGAAGCUCUUAGGUUCUAUACUGAUCCCUCAUAUUUCUUUGAUUUGUGGAAGGAAAAAAUGCUUCAAGAUACCAAGGACAUCAUGAAGGAGAAACGAAAGCACAGGAAAGAGAAAAAGGAUAAUCCCAACCGAGGAGCCAUGAAUCCCCGUAAAAUUAAAACCCGCAAAGAGGAGUGGGAGAGGCAAAAGAUGGGUAAAGAGUUUGUGGAGCCAAAAAAUCAGAAGGGAGAAAUUAUAGACUUCCCGGACAUGCCCAAUGGUAGUUAUGUUUCAGGAGACGAUGUUUUUAUGAAUGGCAGCUUGGACCAGAGCCAUGGAUCUUAUUCAAGCCCCACUUCUCCCAUUCCACCGAUGUCUCCUGAUGAUUUCUUACCCCCACCACCUCCUGAUAUGAGCUACCAAAAUGACAGUCAGAGAGGAGUGACAUCUCAGAAAAGGUCGAGCCUUGUUAGUCCAAGUCAUCCACCUCCAGCUCCUCCAGGAGGGCCUCUCAUUUCAAUGGGUGUUCGUCCUAGUGUUGGCCCACCCCCUGCCCCACCUCCACCCCCUCCCCCUCCUUCAAUGGGAAUUCCACCACCUCCUGCUGACUUCUUAGCUCCAGUUCCACCUCCACCUCCACCGGCCAUUCCUCCAAUCAGUAACUUUGGUUUCUCACCUUCUACACUUCCACCUCCUUCCCCUGAUAUGCCUUCCUCGUUGCCAUCUCCCACUUUGCCUCCUCCAAUGUGUGGUCCUCCACCACCUCCUCCCCCUCCUCCUCCUCCUGGACCACCACCUCCCCCUAUGUUUUCUGGUCCUGCUGCACCACCAUUACCUCCUAGUGGUAUGCCUGCCCCUGCUUUGACCAACACACCUAAAGCUCAGCCUGCCCCAGUGAGUGAUGCUCGAAGUGAUCUUCUGCAAGCCAUUCGACAAGGUUUCAAUCUGCGCAAAGUAGAGGAACAGAGGGAGCAAGAAAAGCGUGACCAUGUUGGGAAUGAUGUAGCUGCCAUCCUUUCUCGACGAAUUGCUGUGGAAUGCAGUGACUCGGAAGAUGACUCUUCAGAGUUUGAUGAUGAAGAUUGGUCUGACUAGAAUGCUUUCUUUAAAGGAACGACUUUGAAUAUCAUAAUGUAUUCUGAACUGAUUCCUGGAUUCAGUCUGGGUUUACUUUAAUUUUUUUUCUUUCUGAAAUUAUCUAACAAUGUGCCUUAACAUCUAGCAAACUUUUUGCUAAAAAAUCUUGUGUGUGUGUGUUUAUAUGUAUGUACUUAUCUUUCUUCUCUGUCAUAGAUAUCGAGUACAAACACUUUUUAAUAGCUUCUAUGACAAAAUGUGUUUGAUGCCAAAAAGGAACAAACUUUUGAUAUGUUAGAUUUCACCUUCAGUUUAUAGUUAAUUUAGUGCAUACAUUAUGUGCAUAUUUAUAGGUUAUGCAAUGCCAAAAACAGCCAUAGCAAAUAAUAAAAAAUACAAGCAAAUGUAAAAUCAUGAGACCAAAUAUUUAAGCCAAAGACCAUUAAAAUGAAUUUCUUUUUUAGGGGAAACAUUAUUAAAAUAUACAGAACGUAUCCAUUGCACUAAGACCAGACCAAAUGCAUUUUACUUACAAUCCAUUGCAUGUAAAGAAAGAAGAAUGUAAACAAGAGAUUCUUCUUUGACUUUAUAUAUAAAGUAGUAGUUUUAAAAUGUGAUAUGUAUAAAAAAAUAUCCUUUUUGAACUUUGACAUAAAUUGAUCAAAAACAAAAAGAGCUGCUUUUAGUUUGUCCAGCAGGCUCUGCACUCCUGAACAGAAAUCUGCACUUUAAUUUAGCAUCUAUGGGUAAAGGAAAAAAAAAACAAACACACACACGCACAGUGUUUUACAAAACAUGUAUUGAUUUAGUGCCAUUCUUGUGCCUUAUGUUUACCUUUAAAUAUAAAUGUAAAAAAUAUAUGCCAGAGGGGAAAAUAGUCAUCCUUUUGAUCAUAGUUUGUGAGAUCUUUUAUUUUGGCUAUAAUAUAUUUAAAAAGGAAUUAAGUAUAGGGAUGUAUACUGAUAUUUAAUAGUAGGUAAAUAAUACUUAAUAAAGUCCCAGGCAGACCACAUUAGGUGUAGGCACCCUUUUUCUAUAAAGUGUAAAUGAUUUGAGAUUUAGAUAUAAAACAGGCCAGAUUUUAUAGCACGUGUUACCAUCUAGUCCACGUGGUUAACUCCUGCAGGAGAAAUUCAGAAGUCCUGUUCAUGUUAGAGCUUGAAACAUGGAUUUCUGUAACUGGUUAGAAAGAAAGUAAUAUAGCAGGACUUGGAGGUAAAAAUGGAUUAUUGACAAACAAAUUUUAGGAAUUAAAUGGCAGAUGUCUUGGGUGAAUAGAAAACACUUUAAUGUGGUUUUGUACUUUUGUUUGGGAAGCUUGCACUGUCUGUAGAACUGCCUUUUGCUGUGUGUAAUGGUUUUGUUUUCAAGUUUUGUACCAAUGUCAUUUUAUAAAACAGUGUCUACUGUAUUAAUUGGAUUUAGACAUGUUAGAUCAUUUUAUUCUAAUGUUGCCACAUAAAAGGUAAUUUCCAAAGAUUGAACAAUACAUUGAAAGGGAGUUCAAUUUUAUAUAUGCUUGUAGGUACAGUACGUAAAAAUUCUUAUUAUUGUACAAUAUUUAUUUAGGUAGUUGCCAGUGGAGUAAGGGAUGCGGAGGCAGGAGGCAAUAUCAAAAACUACACUUGUCUGCCUGUGCUGAUUUGCAGAUUGCAGUCCAUUCAGAAAUGAGCUAGUGUCUAUUCAUGUGCAUUCAGUAUUGGAGUUGGGAUAACAGCUUUUGAUUUUAAGUUGCAGUCAGUGUGUAAUCUUUCACUGUAAAUGAUACCUACAGUAUGUUGAAUAUAAAAUCAUUAAUUUCUCUUAAUUUCUUUACCUGCAGUUACACUUGUACAACGAAUAAUAGACCAAACCAGCCUAGGCUGCUUUAUUUGUGACCAGUCAUUAUGUAUUUUGUACCCUUUUUUGGUUUUGCUUUACAGACUUUAAAGAAACACAUUGUAUUAUAAAGGGUGUUUGUGUUUUUAAUGAAAUGAUGCAAGCACGUUUUGGAAGAGAAAAAAAGACGACUCCUGCUGUCUCAUACGGGUUUAGCCUCUUGUCUGCCUGUUUCCCCAGUGUGUGCCGGGACCAAUUGAAAUAUAUUAGUAAAAUAACACACGCAGUGCUUUGAAGAACAUUCAUGUGGAAAAGCUUUAUGGUCCUGUUGUAAAUUACAAAAUAUGUCUGACAGAACACCUUGAAUAUUGCCAUAUAGUGGUGCUCACUAUUAUUACUACACCAAAGGUAGGACAUUUAAUUUCGGUCAUGUAUUACUAUUACUAUCUGCUUGUUGAUCAGAUGUGUUCAAGACAUAGUACUCUCCAACAUGGCCUUGCUGCGCAAUAGAUUGUAUUAUUUCUUGCCUUUUCCUGUUAACACAUUUUUAAGUUGAGUUUAUCAUCACUGAGUCUUAAAUACUUUGAAUCCACAUGCAUAAUAAAAAAAUAUGUACAGUGAAAGGCAAGCCAGGUGCAGAUUGUGAAUGGGCCAUAAGAAUCCUUAGAGACCAUACAGCCUUUUUCUCCAUUAUAAUUCUUUGUUUCAAGUGCCAUGUAAUAAAAAUAAGUUUUUUUCUUAUCUAUGCAAUGUCUGUCUAAUAAUCACUUUUGUUAAACAUAAAGUUUAUAUAUGAAAAUAACAAGUGUACACCUUUUUAUGGUAUUGUGAUAAGUUUUAUAUGAAUGAAAAUUGUGUUGGUCUGUUCCUACAAUAUGAAUUCUCAUAGCAAAUAUACAUACCAGGUGGUUGGGGACUCCUAUUUUUUUUUUUAUUCGUGUUUAUACUGGAUUUGUAUGGGAUUUAUUUACUCUUUUCUCAAGAUUAAUAUUAAAGUAUAACUGUGAUCAAUUUUUGAAAUAAUUACUAAUUUGUUUUUGUAUCUUCUUGUAAAGCUAAACAUUUAAAUGCUUGAUUGUCAACAUUUGUGAUUUGGACACACAGUGAUUUCUUUAUUAGCAUUUCUCUCUUUUUUUGCUGUUUUUCUCUUGGUCUUAACCAACAUUUGAAGUGUAUCAAUUGUGUUGUUUUCUUUACGUGCAUGUAAUGAGAUGUUCCAGUAAUUAUGGACAUUAAAAAGGUAAGAUAUGAAUAAGAGGCAAGCACA